AUGGCGGCGAAAGAAGGAAGUAAGGAUAUGUCGAUUGACGUUGACGAAGUCGCUACAGAUGGUGAUGUCGUUCUGAUCGUUGGUUCCAACAAGACGAAGCUUCGAGUUCAUUCUCUGUUCCUCAAGACCGCUUCAAAGGUACUUGGGGCGAAGGCGGGGACCCGUACGAGCGAGGGUCAGGAUAUUUCCAAAGACGAUGCGCAAGAGGUUUUCCUGCCGGAAGAUGAUGUGGGCGCCAUGAAGACUCUCUGCGCAGUCAUUCACCUCCGUAGCCAUGCAGCUUCUGAUGCCUUCACUCCGAGCGAAGUCCUCAAAAUUGCGAUUGCCGCGGACAAGUAUGACUGCAUCGUCGCCCUCCGAGAUGCGAGUGGACAUUGGCUGAAGCCAGCGGAGAACGGCAGCAUUGACGAUCUCAAGUUCCUCAUGGCAGCUGCCUAUUUGUUCGAUAAUGCGCGGGCCUUUAAAGAAAUCACGGCUGCACUGAUCCUCCAUCACACAGAUUCCUACCUUGCCCUAGCACAAGGCCAAGUCGAGUCUCUCAUACCUCGGAAGAUCUUCUGCAUGUUGAAAGAACGAAGAAGCGGAACACGCCUAAAAUUGCAACAGGUCCUUGUGAAUAGCGCCAUGUACGACAGCUCUGACUGCCGCUGCGGUUGGGCCGACGAAUAUGCUUUUGCUUAUAUGGCACUGCUAGAGCGCGAGAUUUUGUUGCCAGAAAACAUGCUUAGCCAGUCGAUUGCGCACCUUAUGCAGAGAGCGGAACAGAUGGACGGUCCUACGCCUCCUCAAAAGGAUUUCUCCUGCGAGCAAGCCAAGGGGCAUCGAAAUGAAGCAACUCAGGAGGCACGUCGGCCUUUGCAUAGACGAUCUCCGGGGAGGGAGCACUACAGCAAACCUAACGUGCCGGAUCCAGCAGUAGUCGAAGGAGAGAUGUCCUUUAAGAUCAUUAGAGUAUUCUAG